AAUGUUAUUGGAACCUUAUUUAGGAGAUGGUGGUCGUUGGCCAUGUUUUCACUCUUGGCAUUCCACCUGGCAAACUUUGUUUGUGCCCUAUAGCCCGCGGAUGGCAGCCAGCAGCAGGUGCGGGGCGAGACAAGAGCCGGUGAACCAUGGAGGACAGUGUGGGAUGUGGUGGGGCGGGGCGGUCGGCGGGGCAAGGCACACUCGGGUCACCUCGGCCUCCCUCGGCGCCGCUCGGCAAGGUCGUCCCCGCAGCUCGGGAUCGGCUGGUUGACGUCAUUACUGCUCCUCUGAGGAACGUCAUCAACCCCAGCCAUGACGUCACGCUUCCUGGCCCUGAGGUGGCACUAACCCCCGCGACGGCACUGCUGGCCAAGGAAGACUGUACAUCUGCUGCCACCAGUCUCCUCCAUGAGGUGUCUUCCCCUGCCACCAACACCACCACCACCACCAUCACUGCCAAUGCUGCUGCAGGCCUCACCACCACUACUACUGCCAUCACCACAACUGCCACUGCUAGCAUCACUACUGCCAAGACUAUUAUCAAAACCACCACAACCACUACUUCCCUACCAGACUUCAAAACCACCUCUGCCUUCAACAUUGAGCCAGACUGGAAGGAGGCAGCACAAGAGCCGGUCCUCUGGGUCAGGUGCAAGAAAACCAUUGCAGAACUCCAUAAAAACAGGUUUGGCUCGGGAUCUCGUGGCAAGUGCAUCAAGCUGGACAAGGAAUGGUUCACUCCAACAGAGUUUGAGGUUCACUGUGGCCGUUCCGCCAGCAAAGACUGGAAACGGAGCAUCAGGUUUCAAGGUCAGAGCCUCCUGACACUAAUUGAGGAGGGCUUCCUGCAGAUGCAUGCCACCUCCUGCUCAUGCAUUGCCUGUCUACAUAAUGAAGAAGCUGCUGGAUCAAUUCGUCUCCAUCGUCCAUUCAAGAGGAAAAGGAGGGACCGUUUCUUCCUUAACACUGAGAAGGCUCUGAAGCACGGAAUCGCAUCCAACCAGUCAUCUCCAACACCUACAGUGACUCUGCCUGUGUCUGGUCUUGGAGAGUUGGCAGUAGUCCCAGGAUUGGUCUUGGGAGGAGCCACCCACUCCCCUGCACCCCUUGCCACCCCUCCAACAGCAAGCUCAUCUGUCACAUCACCAGCUGUAUCAUUUGCUAGUCUGCCACUUGACAAGGCCUGGGAGCGCAUGAAUGAGAUAUUAGGGGGACUUCAGCGAAACGUGUCUGAAGCACAAAUUCUUCUGGAUGGGCUACGUGACAAAACUCGGCAAGAGACUCUGAACUUGCGACAAAAACUUCAGCAGGAAAAAGACGAAGCCUUGACACAGGCCAAGAUCGAGGCACAACUCUCAAACAUUGCAAAGUCAUCAGAAGGUUUUCUAGUCCAAGUCAGAGAAGACGAUGGCAACCAGUCUUUGCAGCCCAUCAUGCUGGACUCUCUGAUCUCCAGCGUGCCAGCCUUAAACCCAGCGCCUCCCAUUAAUGGUGUCCAGAAAAAAUGUGUAAAUUGUAACCGGGAAAGUGACUUUGAAUGCUCAGGCUGCCAGAAUCGAGCGUAUUGCAGCUCCUUCUGCCAGCGCCGGGACUGGCCCAGCCACCAGGCUGACUGUGGGCGGUCAAGCCCCACUCAGGAGGAUCCACUAAACACAGUGUCUCAGACUCCAGGCUACAUUUUUAUGCUUUCUGAUUGAAAACUAAGUGGAACAAAAUUACCACCAAGUUAUUUGCUUACAUUUGUACACUGAUAUUUUAAUGAGACAGAAACAAUUGAGUAAGUAGGAAGAAAGUUUUCUCAGUUUCCUGCCUGGGUAGUCCAGACUGCAUGGUUGAUCUUUCGUUCAGUCAGUCUGAUUAAUAGCAAAUUGACUUUUUGCUGUUGUCAAAAUUAUCCUUCCUUUUAGCUUUUUCUUUCAAAACAAUUUGCUAUUGUAUGACCUUCAUUAUUAUUCACCAAAUCAGCUUCAUGCAGGAAACAAAUUUAAAAUAGUAAAAUUAGAAGUGCCUUUCCACCAAAAAAAUACUUAGAGCAAAAUAAUUUGCUGCUAGAAUACGAGACACGUGGUGCAGAAGCAUGUACAGGAAAAAAACUGACCUUUCAUUGUUUUUUAAUUCGUUUGCUGUGUGUCUUUCCACUGUGGAGUGCUGGACUGUUAACAAAUUGUAAUCAAGUACUUAUGCUGUACUUUAAAGUUUGUCUUUUAUGAGGCCUGAGUGAGUUUUGCAUUAAUGCUUUUAAGUAUGUAUUAAGAAUGUGAGUUAUGAAUUGUAAUUAAUAAUUAUUUACUGAUAUAUUAUUUGUUUAAGAGUGAGUAGAGUGUGUUAUAUGAAUAUAAAUAUCCUGAAGUCCUCAGUCUGAAUGGAUCAUGCAAGAGCCUGAUAUUGCAUGAUUGUUCUAAAGGCGAAUCCCAUUCUUUGUUUCAUUUGGACCACUCCAGCAGCAAAUCAUUAAGCUCUUUCAAAGCCUUCAAGAAAUAAAAUAUAGUGUUUGAUCAUGUCAUGUCUUUUUAAAUUUCAACAAAGGUAAUGCCUGCUCUCAGAGCAUGUGAAUUCAGCUUUGACUUCAGUUUUUGUGUUUAAUGCCUGCUCUCAGAGCAUGUGAAUUCAGCUUUGACUUCAGUUUUGUGUUGAGUCAAAAUCUUUCUUGAAAGUGAGAGCCAAAGACAUUUCUCCCUAUGAGGCUGUGCUGCUGUAUAUAGCAGUUUGCUUAGAAAAGUACAUGCCAAGAUUUUUCCAAUUUAUUUUAUCCACUAUGUAUUCAUUAGUAUAUCCUUUUGAUGCAUUCAUUUUACAAGAUAGGACAGACACCAGGUGAAUGCAAUACAACAUGUUGGUAUAUAAGCCAGUAUAUAUGCACAUGGUUAUCUCAUUACACAUUAAAGAAGAAAUAUGUUAUGGAAUGUACCUGAAAAGUAUUGUAUCUUAGCAACUAUUUUUCAUCUUUUCAUUAUUUCUAAAGUAGUUUGAACAAUUGUUUCUGAAUGAUCAAUUGUUGAUGUAUUUUGGGACAACCACCAUGUUAAUGUGUAUUUUUAUAUUAAUGAUAGUGAUUUUUUUUUUUCACAACUUGCCUUUUCCUUCACAUACCAGGUGAUAUCCGGUAAGGUAACUGAACAAAUAAAAAUAAAAAAAGAUU